AUGCACCCCGAGGCCUCGGAGCCUGCGGCGAACGGGGCAGCGGAGCUGGACUGCGUGCAGCAGCCCGGCGUGGAGGCGUCCGCGGGUGACCACGGGAACGCGGGCCAAGGCGGCCCCAGGCAAGAAAUUGAUGAUCCUAAGGAAAUAUGUGUGGGUCCUUCUGACACAUCCUACCAAAAUCAGCAGAAACAGAGUGGCGAUGGUGGGUCAGACAGUCACUUCACCCACCCAAGAGAUGAUGGGAAAGAUCAGGGGCUCAGAAUGACUAAAAGUUUCCUGCAAAAACUCUGCAAGCAACACAAGCUUUAUAUUACCCCUGCAUUGAAUGAUACGCUGUACUUACACUUCAAAGGUUUUGAUCGCAUUGAGAACUUGGAAGAGUAUACAGGACUACGCUGUCUCUGGUUGCAGUGCAAUGGAAUACAGAAAAUCGAGAACCUGGAGGCCCAGACUGAAUUGCGUUGCCUCUUCUUGCAAGUGAACUUGCUUCAUAAAAUUGAGAACCUAGAGCCUCUGCAGAAACUGGAUGCUCUUAACCUCAGCAACAAUUACAUCAAGACCAUUGAAAACCUCUCCUGCCUCCCAGUGCUGAACACGCUACAGAUGGCCCACAAUCACCUAGAGACUGUGGAAGACAUACAGCAUCUGAAGGAGUGUGUGAAACUCUGUGUACUUGACCUGUCCCACAAUAAGCUGAGUGAUCCAGAGAUCCUGAGCAUUCUCGAGAGCAUGCCUGACUUGCGUGUUCUGAAUUUGAUGGGAAACCCGGUUAUUAGGCACAUUCCUAAUUAUCGAAGGACAGUCACCGUUCGUCUAAAACACUUAACAUACCUGGAUGACAGACCAGUUUUUCCAAAGGACAGAGCUUGCGCGGAGGCAUGGGCCAGGGGCGGGUACGUGGCUGAGAAGGAAGAGCAGCAGCAGUGGGACAGCAGAGAGCGGAAGAAGAUCUUGGACAGCAUCGAAGCCCUGGCGAUGAUCAAGCGGCAGGCCGAAGAGAGGAAAAGACAGACAGAAGGCCAGGAGAGAGGGGACAGGCCACCAACCAGCAGCGGCGAGAACACGUGUGACAGCACGGCAGGCAGGGAAGAGCCUCCCGUGGAUGGAGAAAUACAGCAGAAAAUGCAGUCGUUUGUUAGGAAAAGCUUCGAGGCCAAGGAUGAGCUGUGCCCGGAAAAGACAGGAGGAGAAGAAGAGGAGCUGCCUUCAGAGGUUGACAGAGAGAAUAAAGGCCAGCAGCCGGAGGGGACCCUCCCGGCUAAGGCCCCAACACCGCCACCCCUUGGAGCUGCUGGGGCAGAAUCAACUCCCCAGAUUGUGGCCACCGAGAGUGUAUUAGUUACAGAACUUGAUGGUGCUGGAACUGAAGAUUUAGAAGCCAUUAAACUGGAGACAAAGGAGACGUUAUUCAUCAAUGACCUACCUGACCUGGAAGAUAUGGAUGACACAGGAGAAUCUCUGGAAAACCAGGAUAAGAAAAUGUGGUUUCCGAAGAUUGAAGUCAUCUCAAGCUCGAGUGACAACAGUGGCUCUGAACUAGACUGCACAUCGCUUCCCAUGCUGGGACAUAUGUCCACAGACACCCUUUCAAACAUAUUCGCAGUCUCUAAAGACACCUCAAAGAAGGCAGAGAUGCCUUUCACAGAAAUAUUUAAAAAGGAAGCAAAGAGGGGCUUGGAAAUGCAAAGUAAAGACCCGAAAUCCCCACGGCCGCUGAUUGAGGAGCUUGGUGGCGAUGAGCCCUUGGACCAGCCACCAGCACCCCACCCCUGUGAAAGAGACUUUGUACCACCCCCAGCUAGUGCGGAUGGGGACAGCAGCCUUUGUGCAGCCUCUCCACCAGGAAACAGAACUGAAGAGAACGAAGUGUGGUCUGAGAUGGAGCCCAAGGAGCCCGGGGCAGGGGCACACCAGGAGGAUAUUGAGUUUGGCUUGGACUGA